AUGUCCGCCGCCGAGAUCAACCACCGGCGCAACAACGCCGAGUCUGCGGCUGCGACUGACUUCUCGAGACACCAAAGAGAAGCCGUCGAUUCAAAGCUCUACUACAUGCGCGACGUCACCAGCCCGGCCGAAUUCGAAGCCCUAGUCGACGAAGAGCUGCGACGCGCCAACGCCACUCCUAGCAUCUCGGGAGCCGAGAAAACCCUUUGUCGUUUCGCCGGAAAGCUCAAGGCCAAAUUGAGAUUCACCCGGCUUAGCGGCUAG